AUGGAUCCCCUCGAUGAGGAAUAUUUUAAUCAACAUGUGCACUCCGGCACAGACACUGCUACUACCCAGACAGAAAAGCUACACAAUGGCGAUGUUUCACAUGAGCCCAGGUUAUUGAUCAUCGAGGGUAUCCAGCUCUUAGUCGGUACCAUUGCGAAUCUCUUCCUUCUUCUCAAUAUGGCGAGACGGGUCCGUUUCGGUCUAGCUCUGCCUAUCACGAUAUUUGGAUGGUAUACCUCUUCAAUCUGUCGUAUCGCUCUAAGCGCUACUGUCGCUCGGCCUUUCAAAGACAAAGGAGUAUCUAAUGAAGAUAUCAUUUGGUCUCAAUCCUUCUACUAUGGAAUGUUUGCAGCCAUACUCUAUUUUGCCGAUGCGUCACUCCUUACUAUCACUUUUUGGGGCGCUUGUACGCAUCGCUAUCACAAGGACCUGCUACUAACCAUGAGUCAACGCACCCUCAUGCUUCAGAGCAUCUUACUCCUGAUAUACAUCCUUCUUGGUGCCUAUAUCUUCUCUGAUAUUGAGUCCUGGAAAUACCUCGAUGCUGUAUAUUGGACAGUGGUUACGCUUUUCACCGUUGGCUUUGGGGACUUUUACCCCACGACUGACCUGGGGAGAGGACUCUUGAUACCGUUUGCCCUAGCUGGGAUUAUUUCUCUGGGCUUGGUAAUCAGCUCAGUUAGGAGUUUGAUCCUUGAGAAUGGGAAGAGAUGCAUUGGGGCGAGGAUAGACAUUAGGAAGCGAGACAAACUUAUCAGGAAGAUGCCCCUCAAAUGCAACAUUAACACGCUGGACCCUAUCUAUCAAGACUUGCAGACGCCACACGCAAGCUCGGCCGAAUUACAACAACGCGAGUUUGAACGCCGCAGAGCUGAAUUUCAGUUAAUGCGAAGAAUUCAGGCCAAGUCUUCCACACGCAGAAGAUGGGUAGCCAUGGCCAUUUCGACGUUCUUAUGGCUCCUUUUAUGGUUAUUAGGCGCUUUAAUCUUCCAAAAGGCUGAACAGGCCUACCAAGGCUGGACAUACUUUGAUGCGGUGUAUUUCUGCUUCGUGGCCUGGACGACUAUUGGAUACGGGGAUUUAACUCCAGUAUCUAAUCUCGGAAGAUCGUUCUAUGUGUUUUGGUCUCUCCUUGCUCUGCCGACCAUGACCAUCCUUAUAUCGAACGCGAGUGAUACUGUGGUUAGGAUUGUGCGAGAUGUAACUAUUCUCAUUGGAAAUGUUACAAUUUUGCCGAAUGAUCGGGGAUUUGGUAGGAAUGUGAAGAGUCUUGUUAGCAAAAUUACAUUUGGCAAGAUAUUCAGAGACCACAGCACUGGAUCUGAUGGCACAGCGGCGUCUUCGAAAGCCAUUGAUCAACCAUUGCCUACCGGUCAACCUCCUUUCGCGAUAUCAAAUUCACGGAGCAUUCAACCUCAUGCGCGUCUCGCCUCCUGUUUGCAGAAUAAUCUUGAGAAUCUUCCCCUGGGGCCCGAUUUACAAUUUCUUCUAAUGUCCGAGAUUCGUGUCAUUAUUGACCACCUCAAAGAGUCCAAGCCUCACCACUAUACUUUCGACCAGUGGGCCUGGUAUCUCAAGCUUAUUGGAGAAGAUGAGCAUAACCCAAGAACACACUGUAGAAUUAACCAGCAGAAAGAUGGCCAUAACGUCUCAGAAAAAUGGUCGUGGAUUGGGAAUGUGAGUCCUUUGAUAAGUAGCAAGGGAGAAAGUGAAUGGAUUCUGGGAAAGCUGAUGGAUAAGCUUCAGUCAACGUUAAUGGAAGAGAACAGAGGGCACGGGGGUGAGUUUGACUCCGGAGGUACAGCGUGUUGA